CCGUGGAAAUCAGCUGAAUUGUUUUUUUAAUUGGACAAUUUGGUGAAGCAGAAAUAUUGUUGGAAGAGGACUGGCCAGCCUCCUGUGUUCUAGAGAAUUGUGGGUGGGAAGAUUUUUGAGGAGGCGCGGCCGCUCCAGCUGACGCACGCGACUAGCAAACAUCGACGGCUCUCGAGACUCACCACUGCCAUAGUUGCUAAGGCAGCCAGCCUACGGUACCAGUUGCGACAGUUGUAAACCAAGAGCACGGCAGAUAAAACAGCUGUGUAUAACGAAGCCAUGUCCAAGGGACCAGCAGUUGGAAUUGACCUGGGUACUACCUACUCCUGUGUGGGAGUGUUUCAGCAUGGCAAAGUUGAGAUUAUUGCCAAUGACCAGGGAAACAGGACCACACCCAGUUAUGUUGCCUUUACUGACACCGAGAGGCUCAUUGGAGAUGCAGCCAAGAAUCAGGUGGCUCUGAACCCCAAUAACACAGUAUUUGAUGCCAAGCGUCUUAUUGGACGUCGGUUUGAUGACAGCGUUGUCCAGUCAGACAUGAAGCACUGGCCCUUUACAGUGAUCAAUGAUGCUUCACGCCCCAAAGUAAAGGUGGAAUAUAAGGGUGAGACCAAGACCUUCUAUCCAGAAGAGAUCUCCUCCAUGGUACUGCUCAAAAUGAAAGAAAUUGCAGAGGCCUACCUUGGCAAGACUAUAACAAAUGCUGUAGUGACCGUGCCUGCCUACUUCAAUGACUCUCAGCGCCAGGCAACCAAAGAUGCAGGGACCAUUUCUGGCCUUAAUGUCCUUCGUAUCAUCAAUGAGCCGACUGCUGCCGCCAUAGCUUAUGGUCUGGACAAAAAGGUUGGAUCUGAGAGAAAUGUUCUCAUCUUUGACCUGGGUGGUGGCACAUUUGAUGUCUCCAUAUUGACUAUUGAAGAUGGCAUCUUUGAGGUGAAGUCAACAGCUGGCGAUACACACUUGGGCGGUGAAGACUUUGACAGUCGCAUGGUUAACCACUUCAUCUCUGAGUUCAAGCGCAAGUACAAGAAAGAUAUCAGUGACAACAAGAGGGCAGUGCGUCGUCUGCGCACAGCAUGUGAGAGAGCCAAGCGCACCCUGUCCUCCAGCACGCAGGCCAGCAUCGAAAUCGAUUCCCUUUAUGAGGGCAUCGAUUUUUACACCUCCAUCACCAGGGCCCGGUUUGAGGAGCUGAAUGCAGACCUGUUCCGAGGAACGCUUGAGCCAGUAGAAAAAGCUCUUUGCGAUGCUAAGAUGGAUAAAGCUCAAAUUCACGACAUCGUCUUGGUGGGAGGGUCCACUCGUAUUCCCAAAAUCCAGAAGCUGCUGCAGGACUUCUUCAAUGGAAAGGAACUCAAUAAGAGCAUUAAUCCUGAUGAGGCGGUUGCCUAUGGUGCAGCUGUACAGGCAGCCAUCUUAUGUGGCGACAAAUCGGAGAAUGUUCAGGACCUGCUGCUGUUGGAUGUGACUCCUUUGUCUCUGGGCAUUGAGACUGCUGGUGGUGUCAUGACAGUGCUUAUCAAGAGAAACACCACUAUCCCCACCAAGCAGACCCAGACCUUUACCACCUACUCAGACAAUCAGCCUGGUGUGCUCAUUCAGGUAUUUGAAGGUGAAAGAGCCAUGACCAAAGACAACAACCUGUUAGGUAAAUUUGAGCUGACUGAAAUUCCUCCAGCUCCUCGAGGGAUUCCUCAGAUUGAGGUUACUUUUGAUAUAGACGCAAAUGGCAUCAUGAAUGUGUCUGCGGUCGACAAGAGCACAGGGAAAGAGAAAAAGAUUACAAUCACCAAUGACAAAGGCCGCUUGAGCAAGGAGGAUAUUGAGCGUAUGGUCCAGGAGGCGGAAAAGUACAAAGCCGAGGAUGAUGUGCAGAGAGAGAAGGUGGCUGCUAAGAAUGGUCUGGAGUCUUAUGCCUUCAAUAUGAAAUCCACUGUGGAGGAUGACAAACUGAAGGACAAGGUCAGCGAGGAUGACAAAAAGAAGAUUUUGGAUAAGUGUAACGAGGUCAUCAGCUGGUUGGAUAGAAAUCAGACGGCAGAGAAAGAGGAGUUUGAGCAUCAGCAGAAGGAGCUGGAGAAAGUGUGUAACCCCAUCAUGACCAAGCUGUACCAAAGUGCAGGAGGUGUUCCAGGGGGAAUGCCUAGCGGCUUUCCCGGAGCUGGAGGUGCUCCAGGAGCAGGAGGAUCUAACUCUGGCCCCACAAUCGAGGAAGUCGACUAAACUACAGAAGUGGCGCAACAGACAUGCACAAACAUGUUAUUUACUUUUUAUGAGGCGUGUGUGAAGGGUAACUGCGUUAGUAUUGUUACAGAGGUAUUAAAAAGCCAAGAAGAAUUAAUUGUAGUUCUUUGGGGGAAGGGUCUUGCUAAUAUUUUUUUUGUAUGCCAGGUUUGAGGUAUUGUUUAUAUCCGUUUCUUGGUAAGCACUUUUUCAUGGCAUCUAUGUUCCUUUUAAGCAGACGUGUUGAUGGUUACAUUACCAGUGUUAUCUUGGUUACUCUGGAGCUGAGUGUUUCUUGGCUGCUGAUUGAGACAAAAUAAAGGAUUCUUUUGACUUUGA